UUAAAUUCCAAGAGAUGUUAGAACGAACAUAAACAAAGAGACACCAUUGUUGCAGAGCCAUGAGAAACUCUGUAACUGUCUUCCUCACCUUCAUUUUCUUGCCAACGCUUGCCUCUUCUUACUCUGAUCUCGACAUUCUAAUGAAGCUUAAAUCAUCCUUCAUUAUUACCUCCACACCUUCCCUGUCCGACUGGGUUUCCCCGUCCUCGCCUUCCUCUACAGCUCACUGCAACUUUUCCGGGAUCACCUGUGAUGCUGAUGCUCAUGUAAUAUCCAUUAAUAUCACGACUGUUCCGCUCUUCGGGACACUUUCUCCGGAUAUUGGAUUGCUAACGAACCUCUCUAGUCUCAUACUUUCGGCAGAUAAUCUCACAGGCCCUCUGCCUGUGGAGAUUUCCAAUUUGAUCUUCUUAAAGUACCUUGAUUUGAGCAAUAACAUGUUUAAUGGCACCAUCUCUGGAGCCAUGGUUCUGAAUAUGGUGGAGAUCGAAUCUUUUGAUCUUUACAACAACAAUCUCUCCGGGAAUCUUCCCCGGGAACUUUCCAAGCUGGAGAAGCUCCAAGUUUUGAACCUCGGGGGGAAUUAUUUUUCCGGGCAAAUUCCUGAGUCGUAUUCUGAGUUUAAAAGGUUAAGAUUCUUGGCCUUGGGUGGAAAUUGCCUGACAGGGAGAAUUCCACCAAGCUUGGGUAAGAUUACAAUGCUUCAGGAGAUGUAUCUUGGAUACUAUAAUCAGUUCGAAGGGGGUAUUCCGCCGGAGUUUGGUUUAUUAUCCAUGCUUCGAGUUCUUGAUCUUUCGCAGUGCAAUCUUACCGGUGAGAUCCCCGCAAGCCUCGGGAACCUGACACGUCUUCAAAUGUUGUAUCUUCAGAUGAAUGAAUUGACAGGCUCUAUUCCAGCAGAGCUGUCAGGUAUGGUGAGCCUGGAGAGUUUGGAUCUUUCCGUCAACAAUCUCGACGGCGAAAUACCAGAGAGUUUAGCUGAGCUGAACAACUUAACAUUGAUUAACUUGUUCCAGAACAGAAUUCAGGGCCCUCUUCCAGCUUUCAUAGGGGACCUUCCAAACCUCUCAGUUUUGCAGAUUUGGAUCAAUAAUUUAACAGGGGAAUUGCCGCGAAACCUCGGUCAGAAUGGGAAGUUAAAGAGACUAGAUGUCAGCAACAAUAAUUUCACCGGCGAAAUUCCGACUAAUUUAUGCAGAGGAGGUACGCUGGAGACACUGAUCUUGAUGAUUAACUAUUUCCAGGGCCGUAUCCCUGAAGAACUCGGAAAAUGCCGAUCUCUAACUCGGAUCAGGAUGAACUACAACUGGUUAAAUGGCACAAUUCCUGCUGGUUUCUUCAACCUGUCAUUGCUGGAAAUGCUGGACUUGAGCAACAAUUUGUUGACAGGCAAUUUGGCCGAUGGUAUCUCAGGAGAUUCUCUGCUCUAUCUUUCACUGUCUAACAAUUCUCUGUCUGGAAAUAUUCCACAGGCGAUCGGUGACUUGGCAAACCUCGAGACAUUGUCGCUCGACACCAAUAACUUCUCCGGGGAGAUUCCAGGGGGAAUAUUCCGGCUCAGGAAGCUCGACGGGCUGAAUUUGAGCAGUAACAGCCUGACAGGUUCUAUCCCGGGCUCCAUUCCUGCUGCCUCCCAUUUAACAUUCAUCGACCUGAGUCGUAACAACCUCGAUGGAUCGAUUCCAGGCAACAUUUCACAGCUACAAAACUUGCAAGAACUUAACCUCUCCGGAAAUCAUCUCCGCGGUCCAAUCCCCGACGAAAUUGGGAUGAUGAGCAGCCUGGCCGUGUUGGACCUUUCUUACAACAAUCUUUCGGGCACAAGGCCGACGACCGGGCUGUUAGGCUGGCUCGACGACAGGUUUUUCGCCGGAAAUCCGAACCUCUGCCCGGCUAAGGACAACCCACAUUGCUCUCUCCGUUCAGGACAACAUCAAAAUGAUCACAUGAGGGAGACAACAAGAUUUGUGAUGAUAGCCAUUGUUGGGACACUAUUAGGCUACCAUAGUCAUUCCUGGAUUUGACCACCCACCCCAAGAGUGGUAAUAAUUCUAGGCCAGGGCUUAAACCUUAAACUUGCUAUUUGAGUCCAGUCCAAAUCUGCCAGAAGAAAUCAUAAGUACUAUUCUUGUACUUGCAUUUACAGGCAGAGUUUGGAGUGAUGAUAGCCCACUGGGCUCAAUCUAGGAUAGCUUAUAAUGUGAUAUAUGAAGCCACAAUUAAUGUGAAGUUAGGCAGGCCUAUGGCUGGCUGACUACCGUUAGGAUCUUGCCAUUCAUGCACAGCACCUAGGACGAUCCCCGCCGUCCAUAAUGUGGUGACCCACAUUACUGACGGUGCGGAUCACUCCGGGACUCUGGGUCCCAGGACUCGCCAAGAUUCGCCAUCAAUGAAAAUUUGGUGGGCUGCAGACAGAACAGAACUGAUUCCAUAACUUCAACCUAACGUCUGAUGAAUCUUGUCAGAAAUUCCAUUGGUGUCCCCUCGCUCUAAUAUCUAAAUCACGAUUUUAAGUCGAUUGAGGUUGUAAUAACCGCGACUUUUCGAAGUCGCAUGAAUUUUGAAUUUGUACAGUAACGGAAGGUUCUAGAAUAUGAUUCCACCUGUCUGGAUUA